AUGUAUGAAUUCAAAGAAGAUUAAUUCAAUUAAAUAUUGAUUUUUUUAUACUUUUAAAUGAUACAUGUAUUUAAAAAAGUACAAAAGUUAUUGGAAAAUUUACACAAGACAUCCUUCAGAUCCAUAAUUUGAUAAAGAAAAUUUUAAUGGAUCUUGAAAAUUGUCGAUGAUUUUUUGAGUCUUUGGAACAAACCUAAUUAAUUUAUUUCAGGAGUCAAGAUUAUUCAUAGCAGUAAUUAUACUGAAUCAAAAAAUAGAAUGUGUUUACUAAAGAAUGUGCCUUUAUUACUACCUUAAUGACUUUGAUUAUAAUUCAACAAUUCAGCCAAUAUGUAAUUCGAAAAAAGGGUUUGGCAUAUGGAGAAUUCUGAAAGGAUGUAAAAAGCAAGCAAAAGGAAUUUUUAUUAGGUUUGCACUGUAAUGAGGAAAAGUAAAAGGUCCUUAAAAUUGGUCAGAUAUAAAUAGGAUAAUUCAUAGUGAAUUUUAAGGAAUCUAUCAAUCUUAUGAUAGCUUUCAAUAUUGCUCUGGCCACUUGUGAGUUAAAGCAAAGAAUAAGGGAUUAAUGA